UACUGAAUUGAAUAGAGGUAUGGUCAAUCGUGUGGGCGGUUUUAAGGGAGCUUGAUAGAUAAAACACAGACAAGUUGCACCUUUCCACUUCAUCCAACUCUAUUAAGACAAGAUGGGUGGCGGCAGCUCUAUACCAGAAGGUCCUGACCUGAGAAUUGUGAUGAUUGGGAAAACUGGAGUGGGGAAAAGUGCUGUUGGAAACACAAUUUUGGGCAAAAACAUAUUCAAAUCUCAUCCCAGCGCUAACUCUGUGACUGGGACUUGUGAAAAGCAUCAACUUCGAGAGAGUGAAAGGUGGAUUCAUGUGGUGGAUACACCAGGGAUAUUAGAUACAGGCAAAGAAGCUGCAGUUAUCAAAAACGAGAUAGUGAAGUGUAUUCAGGUUUCAAGCCCUGGUCCUCAUGUCUUCUUGCUGGUGAUCCAGGUGGGCAGAUUCACCAAAGAGGAGCAGAAUUCGAUUGAGGCCCUGGAGGAAAUCUUUGGACCAGAGGCCUCCAAACACAUGAUUGUACUGUUUACUCGUGGGGAUGAACUUCAGGGUCAAACAAUACAAAAGUAUGUAAGCAACGGUCAUCCAAAGCUUCAAGAGGUGAUUCAACGAUGUGGCAACAGAUUCCAUGUUUUCAACAACAGAGAUGGGAAUAGAAGUCAAGUUGUUGAGCUGAUCAAGAAGAUUGAUGACAUGGUGGCAGGAAAUGGAGGAAAGCACUUCACUGAGAAAAUGUAUCAGGAGGCAGAGAGAAUGAUUAACCAGCAAAAUAUGGGCAGGGAAUUGGCAGAACUCCAAAUAUACGAAUUCACAUUCCUUGCUGAAUUACUGCAGAGAGUCAUUGAAUUUAAAAAAAUACUUGAUUUAGAAGAUGACUAAUAAGUAAGCAUAGCUGUGGCUAUUUCCUCUCCACGAGGAACACAAUCUGUGACUACUGCCACUUAUGUGAAUUAUGAUAUCUUAACCAUUUAGCUUAUUGUCGUAUAAAAUAAUAUAGUACUUGAGUAGGACAUCUCUCCUUCUCUAAUCAACAUUUUUCUUUAUUAUUUGAGAUGAACAUUAGUUAAAAUGCUAUAUAUUAAAAUUCAGAAUGUAGUGAAUACAAUAUGAAGAGAAAGGUGAAAAUGAACUGUUGUAUGACAUGCUGAUUGAGCUCUAAGCUUACGGGAGCACUCAAAUGAAGUCAUGGUGGUAUGAAAUUCAAGCAUAAUCUAACUAAAAAAGAUAUGUAUUUCUGUAAAGAGAUUGUUUGUUUAUUGUUUCACCUAAUCAGAUACACUGUCAUGAACAUGCCAUAUUGGUUAAUAAUAAGGCGUACAAUGCUAUACUGAACAAAAAUAUGAACGUAACAUGCAACAAUUUCAACGAUUUUACUCAGUUACAGUUCAUAUAAGGAAAUCAGUCAAUUGAAAUAAAUUCAUUAGGCCCUAAUCUAUGGAUUUUACAUAACUGGGCAGGGGCACAGCACUGCACUUACACAAAUUACUGAUGAUUGGUUGAAAGAAAUUGAUAGUAAGAAGAUUCUGGGAGCUGUACAGUUAGUUUUCAGAGCAGCCUUUGAUAUUAUUGACCAUAACCUGAUGUUAAGAACUUAUGUUUAUGGCUAUGCAACCUCUGCCAUAUCGUCAAUUCAGAGCUAUCUAUCUAAUAGAACUCAGACUCUUUAAUGGAAGCCUCUCUAAUGUCAAACAUGCAGGAUGUGGUGUACCGCAGGGCAUCUGUCUAGGCCCUCUACUCUUUUCUGUUUUGACCAAUGAACUGCCACUGGCAUUAACACAA